UUGCGAAAAAUGAUGAGGGAUUAACCGCAAUUCUUGAUGAUGCUCUAUCCAGUCAUCAAGAAAUUCCAUUUAUGGCCAUUGAUAAUGAAGGGUUAUCGGAAAAAAUAAAUGGAAAGCAUCGCUAUGUGGUGGUAACACUUUCUGGUAUUCCGGUAUUCUUUGACAUUCUUGUACCAGACAAGGAAUCUUCGGAUGAAUGUGAAAUAAAAGUAAAAGAUAUUCUCUCUAGUAGUAAG